CAGAAACCGCAUUUCACCUUUAACGCGAAGCAAUUCCGGGGACGCGUUGGAUCUCCUCUUCUUCUUUCUCUGUCCUUGCGAACUAUAUUUUCUCUCCUCUCUGCAAACGCCUUUCACUGGACAGAGAGAAGGAGGGGAGGGUUUCUAGAGAGAAAAGAUGUGGGUGUUUUACAUGAUCUCUCUUCCAUUAACCCUAGGCAUGGUGUUGUUCACGUUGAGGUACUUCGCUGGACCCGACGUGCCUCGUUAUGUCCUAUUCACCGUUGGAUACACCUGGUUCUGUUCGCUCUCCAUCAUCAUCCUCGUCCCUGCCGAUAUAUGGACGACAAUAUCGAACCCGCCUGAUCAUCCGGAGAAUGGGGGCAUUGCUUUCUUCUGGAGCUGGUCGUAUUGGGGUACAUUUCUACUUACAUGGGCUGUGGUGCCCCUUAUUCAGGGUUUCGAAGAUGCUGGGGACUUUACUGUAACAGAAAGAUUGAGAACUAGCGUGCAUGCUAACUUAGUCUUCUAUCUGGUUGUGGGUGCGAUUGGCCUCUUUGGACUCAUUCUCCUCAUCAUGAUGCACAAGGACUGGAAAGGGCGUAGUAUUAUGGGCAUGGCCAUGGCUUGCUCGAAUACAUUUGGGCUUGUUACUGGGGCAUUUCUUCUUGGUUUUGGCUUGAGUGAAAUUCCUAAGAGCAUUUGGAGAAAUGCUGAGUUGAUCACACGACAAAAAGUUCUUUCCCAUAAAAUUGCCAAAAUGGCUGUGAAACUUGAUGAUUCACAUCAGGAACUUUCAAAUGCUAUAGUAGUUGCUCAAGCAACAUCCAAUCAGAUGUCCAAGCGUGACCCAUUGAAGCCAUACAUGGAUGUUAUUGAUGAUAUGUUAGCUCGAAUGUUUAGAGAAGAUCCUUCUUUUAGACCUCAGGGUGGUCGAUUGGGAGAAAAUGACAUGGAUUAUGACACGGAUGAAAAAUCCAUGGCAACACUCAGACGGAAUCUUCGUAUAGCUAGGGAGGAAUAUUAUAGAUACAAAAGCGAGUACAUGACGUAUGUUCUGGAGGCCCUUGAACUGGAAGAUACAAUAAAAAAUUAUGAGCGCCGCAGUUCAACUGGAUGGAGAUAUAUUUCAAGUUUCAGACCUGCUCGUUCUGGCAAAAUUGGUUCCUUUCUUGAUAUAAUGGAAUUUAUUUGGCGAUGCAUUCUAAGAAAGCAACUUAAGAAGGUUUUUGCUGUCAUAGUUGGUAUUAUGUCUGCUGCAAUUCUUUUAGCUGAGGCAACACUACUGCCCAGGGGUGUUAAUCUCUCUCUUUUUUCCAUUCUUAUAAACUCGGUGAAAAAGGAAGAGGUGCUUGUGCAGCGUAUGGGGAAGAUUGAUGAUGCUGUUUCAUUUUUUGGGAAAGGAUUUAACAGAAUCUAUCCUCUUAUCAUGGUUAUCUACACGUUGUUGGUUGCAAGCAACUUCUUUGAUCGCGUAAUUGGGUUCUUUGGAAGCUGGAAGAGGCUCAGAUUUCAAACAGAGGCAGAUGAUACAGAUGGGUUUGAUCCUUCAGGAUUAAUAAUUUUGCAAAAAGAGCGAUCAUGGCUUGAAGAAGGAAAAAAUGUUGGUGAACAUGUUGUCCCCUUGGCUCGGAAUUUUAAUGGGGCUGAUAUCGAGUCCGGCAGCAAUACAGUUAAGAGUGCCAUGGAAAUGAGGGCAACAAAUAAUGUUGAAGCUGAUGGCACAAAUGGAGUUUCAUCAAAACCACCGAGAGAAGAGGUUCGCAGAUAUGCAACAAGCAAAGAAUCUAUUGGUAACAAAUAUGCUGCCAUGAGAGAACAGAGUAGACAAGCAUCCAAUUCAAAACCAGCGGAGAAGAACAUAACCUCAGCCAAGGUUUCUUUGCUCGAUGCUGACAACUCUCGCUCCAGUAACAUAACAGGUGAGCCAUCUUCUCGUUUGGCCUCUACGUGGGGAACAAUGAAGUCAAAAUUUCAAAGUUUCAAAGCAAACGUAGAGGCGAAAAAAUUUCUUCCCCUUCGUCAAAUUCAGGAAAGUAAACCUAUGUCUAACCAUUCCUCAUCCGAGUCCCUUGAUGAGAUAUUUCAUAGGCUGAAA